ACAACACCACUUAGUUUCUGGUGACUUCAGCACAUUAGUCCUUUUGUUGUUUCUCUUGUCUGUGUUACUCUGGAAGUUCCCAUGAAGGGAAUGAAACAUCUGCUGCUCCUGGCAGUGUUCGUGCUCCAGGCAAGAUGUCAGCAAAAGCCAGGAGUGUCUAUGUCACCCGAUAUCAAGCAUAUCUACUUCGGGGACAUGUUGUUUCUGAAAUGUGACCAAACUGCAAGUGGGAGCCCAGUGAAAUGGUACUUUAACAACCAGGAACAACCUUCGCUGACCAACGAAACCCAGAAGAUAGCAGUCGCUACACCCACGCACUCAGGCAUUUAUCAAUGUGAGAGCAAUGGGGAAAAGAGUGACACGUUCCCCAUCAACGUCCUGGAUUACAUUCCCAGUGCCUCACUCACCAUCAAGACAGGGCAGCCAGUGGUGCGGACGGGAGGUUCAGUCAUCCUGCAGCUUGACAAUGAGGGUGGUCUGCAGGGAUGGAAGUGCUUUGUCAAUAGGGAAGGGUUGACAAAAAGGAUUGCGUUGAAGAUGAUGAUAGACAGUGUGAGUGUGGUCUUUCAACCCAAAAGAAUGUAUAUCCAGGAGACCAUUUUCUGGUGUACUGAUACACCAGAAGAACACAGAAGUAACCAAAUCACAGUCAGGACUUCAGCGAAGGACGUAUCGCUGGAAAUGUAUCCUCUGCCAGCUGUAGUUGGGGAGAGUCUGACUCUGAAGUGCCUUGUCUGGGGUACAGAUCUAAUUAGCGACACCAUUUUCUACAAAGACGAUAAAAUCAUUUUGAAGGGCUCAAGUCCUACCUACACAAUCGCCGACGUGACAGAAUCUGCAAAGGGGAGAUACAAGUGUCAUGCCACCUUCACAUACAUCAAGCAACCUGCUGGGGCCCCAUACCAAGUGGUCUCUGAUAAUCAAGAUGUGUUUGUCCAAGCGCCUCCUAUGAAAGCAGUUCUCUCUGAAAGAAUUGGCUUGAUGUGUUCUUGUCCAGAUUGUCCCAGUGAGAGCCACUAUCGUUGGUACAACAAGCGUGACGAUCAGCUGUGGGCACUCAUGGAUUCCAGGGGAGGAUUGAUAAUGCCAAAAGCGAGUGGUACAUAUGCAUGCAGAGCUCUGUGGAACAACGGGAAGUCUUUACUCAGCAAAGGCUAUUUCUAUCAACCUCUUAUCACAUACAUUUUAACAAGUGUGAUCGUCGUGCUGGUGCUUCUAGGUGGAGCAACUGUGGCUUUGUUUUAUAAGAAGAGAAAUACCACAGGACCAAUUUACGAGGAUGUGCCGCUGAGGUCAAGAGCCACAGGUGAUGACAGAUAUGAGGCGCUGCCGAAGGGUGCCCAAAGGGAGGGCGAGUACGACACCCUUCACCCAGAAGAACCCGGCAGACAGAGGAAAGAGGGGGAAUAUGAAGCACUGAAGAAGGAGGGAAUGACAGGGGGGGAGUACCACACUGUGAAAAUGGAGGGGGCAGUUGGAGGAGAGGGAGGGUAUCAAGCGCUGAAGAAAGCGGGAAUGACAGGGGGGGAGUACCACACUGUGAAAAUGGAGGGGGCAGUUGGAGGAGAGGGAGGGUAUCAAGCGCUGAAGAAAGCGGGGAAUGACAGGGGGGGAGUACCAAACUCUGGGAACAGAGGGCGCAGGUGGAGGUGA